UCCCUGCAAAUUGAACUACAACUUGGUGUUGGGAGUCGUUUCCGACAGGGAAUCGGUUCUUUCGCUGCUUUGAACAAGUUCACGUUAUGCGGGCUGGGGUUUAACAGCUCGUCAGAAAAUCUGCGGCCUGUGAUUGGUAGAAUCUCCCAGAAGUGGGCGGUUGCUUGAAGCACCGCCUCCAAACUAUCCAAUGAAGUGGUGGUACGACCUGACGGAAGCAUCGUUCGCGAUUGUGAUUGGUCAGCAUUCAUGUCCUGAGCUGGAGCGGUCAGUUGUGUUUGGAUUGUUGAGCUGUAACAGUUAUACUACAACACCUGAUUAAGGUGCUGAAGGAUGAGUCGUCUUCUGAACGUGUUGAGGAGUUGGCUGCUCAUGGUGUCUGUGAUCGCGAUGGGAAACACCGUUCAGAGCUUCAGAGAUCACAGCUUCUUAUCGGAGAAACUCUACACAGGAACACCUGAUUAUGUGAAUGGACUUCAGGCGAGAACCUUUGGGAUAUGGACGCUUCUGUCUUCCAUCAUACGCUGUGCCUGCGCUAUAGACAUUCAGAACCGAACGCUUUAUCAUAUCACCCUGUGGACAUUUGUUCUGGCGCUCGGACACUUUCUGUCAGAGGCUUUCAUUUAUAAAACCGCUCCUUUGACCAUUGGUGUCAUGGCUCCUCUGAUCGUGGCAAGUGUCUCUAUCGUGGCCAUGUUAAUUGGCUUUCAGUGUAUCGAUGAUCCGCAGGAAGACGUCCGAGCCCGACAGAAGAAGAGGAACUGAAGAACCGUCCGUGUCCUUCCAGUAACAUUCACAUCAUCAUGUUCUGAUGCCUCCAGACGCUGGAACUUUAAAGGGUUCAAAGGAAAUGUGAAGUCCUGCUUCAGGUGGACGAUUCUUCUGAACGUCUGUUUGUUGCUCAUGUGACCUGUGAAGCGUUAUCAUUGGUCGACCAAUGUUGUAACGGUAACCAAACACCUUGGCCUACAACUACCAAACGCUUUCAAUUUACUGUUGUUUUUCAGAGACUGAAAUCACAUUUUUAUAUGAAUUUGUAUGAUAUUUGGAGCUGUGCUCGUUCAUCGGGUGCAUUCUGCUUUCUCCAGUACUGAAGAAGUUCUCAUGAAUACUGGAAACCGUCACUGCUUGUCAACGCUUUGUUUUUAUCAAAAGAAUUUAAUUGAUAUUGUCUACAAAUAUAUAUCAAGCAUCUACACAUCUACUGUAAGGAUUUUAAAUUCAGUGUUGACAUUUUAGUUAAAUUUAUGUUAAAUCAUUAUCUAACAUCAAAUGACUUCAGAUUAACUUGAGUUUGUUUGAGGGACAAUAAAAAACUUCACGUUUGCUAAGUGCGUUUAA